AUGCCUCUGUUCAAGAAUCUGCGCAGUCGUUCCAGAUCCAGCUUCCGAAGUACAUCGCGGUCAACAGACAAGUCCAAUGGAAUUCAGUCCAACGGCGACGUGACCUCUGGAAAGUCCUCCUCAACUAUUGACUCGGCAUCUUACAGCUCAGUCACUCCACCAUCUUCUAUCAAACCCACCGCCUCUGCCCAGAAUCUGCCAUUAAAUGGCUCCAAUGGCACCUCCAACGGGACGAACCCUCCCAUUGCUGUGCCCCAGCAGCGCCCACCUCCUAUGACGACCCCAUCCCAACGCAAUAGCUACUUUGGUGGUAACUCAGCGUCGAUCAACGGUGCCGCCCGGUCUCCGGCCCCAUCAUCCCCCUAUGCUCCUAGAAUCAUUUCUAUUACGGAAAAUGCCUGGGUUCACCAAAAGGUCCUUCUGAUAUAUGGCCAAGUUGGAGACCCAAGACAACAUCCGCUGGACGGAAGUAUAACCGUUAAUCAUCACCAAGAUAACUUUCCCGCAGUUUCCUGGCCUGUCAAUUCGUCUCAUUUCAAGGCCCUUGUGCAUCUCGCUCCUGGUCCGAAUCGCCUACGCCUCGACUUUAUCUCUACCAAGUCGUCGUCUGGCAACCUACACCAUGCCACUCAUACCUCUUGGAUUAAUAUAAAUUAUCUCCCGUUGUCUAAUUCUCCGCCUCUGCAUCUGGUUAUGCUUCUGGGAAAGGAUUCCGACGGCACAUACGACACGGCGCCUGAGAAGACGAACCGUGGGGGCGACAACUUGGAAACCGCGAUUCGAAAAUACCGAAUGGCUGCGUACCUUUGGCAAGCAUUUACUGGAGAACAGAUGUUCCGUAAUAACUUAGGGCGACGAUGCUUUCGUUUCGAGGAAGAGUGGCAGACCGGCAGUCUCAGUCAACGUGAUGCGGCAAAUGGUCAAAUGCGGAACGAGGCAAAGAUUCAUAUCGUUCGUACCGAAAAGACGGUCGCGGAGCUUCGAGACCUACAACUUGCCCAACAGUAUGGCCCAGCCACUAGGAAAGAUGAACUAUUCCGUAUCGCACAAGAGGCUGUGAGUAACCAUUUCGGCCUAAAGCCGGGUCAAAAGCAGUAUGUCUCUGUCUUGCUCCUCGAUUCUCAUUGGGAUACCGAAUCGCAAACUAUAACCGGUCAUGCGGCUUUGGGGUCCAGCGGCGGAGACUUGAAGAUGGCAAUAUUUGGGUCCCACUGCCUUCAGAGUUACCCGUCGAGUCUAGAAGAGGUAAUAGAUGCCUUCUCCGACUGUACGCGGACGAAUACAAACUAUGUCGCAAAUGAUUGUGGCGAGGCUGGCUCUAGUUGGGAGUCCGCUAACAUAGGUAUCGGCGCUCACCUACACGAAGUCGGCCAUCUAUUUGGUUGUCCGCAUCAGGAGUCGGGAAUUAUGCUCAGAGACUACGUUCGCCUCAACCGCUCUUUCGUGACCCGGGAACCCUUCUCCACACGGACAAAGACACAAGGUCUGCAUCCGUGUCUGCCCCAGGAUGAAUGCUCUUGGCAUCGAUUGGAUGCUUUGCGUUUCCGGUUUCACCCUUGCUUCCGGCUUCCUAAUGAUGCCCCUAUGAGCCUAGACGACAGCGUUCAGGUCUGGCCAGUUGAGAAUGGCAAGAUCCUGCUGACCGCUACCACCGGGGUUGCGUUCAUUGAACUGUACUCGGAAGGGGAUGAGGUGUGCCGCAGUUUCAUUGAGUACAUCAACACCGAGUCGACCAGUAACGGGCUCCCAAAACAAGUUUCCGUAACCGAAAGCGAGCUGCGGCAACGAGUAUUCGGCACCGACAAAGAGAAGAAGAAAAAAAUUAAGAUGACGAUAUUUUCCGGUACGACCGGAUCGUUCACCAUCGAUUCAAUCAGUAGUUUGAAGUCCAAGAACUCCCAAGUGAAGCUGCCGAAGGGCGUCGGCUACCGAGGCUGCAAUCUUGGAAUAUCACAGCUACCCGAAAGUCAACCGGAACAGCUCCUCCUGGACUGUGCUUUCCAGUAUACCAAGCUGUUGACAUCUGUCAGAAUUUACCAUGAUGGAAAAGUGCAUGGACUUGAAUUCAUGUAUGAAGAUGCAACAAGUCAGUUGUUCGGGAAACAGGAAGGGAAAUCUGACGAUUUUGUGCUGGACACACGUCGUGGAGAAAUACUUUUAGGUUUCUAUGUCCGAGCCGGACACUGGAUCGAUGCUAUCGAGGUUUUGACUAGCUUAGGUCGAAAAUCUGGCGUCUUCGGUAAUGCAACCGGGGGCUCAGGAUAUAACCUGAUACCUCCCCUAGGAUAUAAAGUCGCGGGCCUUUCGGGAAGCUGCGGAGAUUGGAUCGACGGCUUCUCCCUCAUAAUCAUGCACUGA